AUGGGUGCCGUCGUUUCUUGUCUGCGCUCGCUCUGCCAGACCAUAGGCAAUGUCCUCAUGGCCAUCGUCAACGGUAUCGGCUCAAUCAUAACAGCAAUUGUGAACGGCAUUGUUUCCUUCUUCAACAUUAUCAUCUCAUGCUUGACAUGCGGCCGAGCUGGCCGAGGAGGGAGGAAAACACGUACGACGCAUACGAGUAGGGUCUAA